UCGAACAGUUCGGGUUAAAAUGGGGUUUUUGGAGGACCGGGACUUGACCCAUAUACCGGGGAUACCAGAGUUUUAUAAAGGGAAAUCAAUCUUUAUUACCGGAGGCACUGGAUUCCUUGGCAAAGUACUGAUCGAGAAACUUCUAUAUUCAUGUACUAACUUGAACAAACUGUAUUUGCUAUUAAGAAAAAAGAAAGGAAUGACUACGGAGGAGCGCCUAAAGAAACUAUAUUCUAUAACGUGCUUCGAUAGACUGCGGAAGGAAAGGCCUGGCGUAUUUGAAUCAAAAGUGGUUGCCCUGUCUGGAGACGUGGAAGAGGAUGGUCUUGGUUUAUCUCCAGCUGACAGAAAUACUUUGGUUAAUAACGUGAACAUUGUUUUCCAUUCGGCAGCUAGCGUGAAGUUUGAUGAUCAUUUGGCGUAUGCGGUAAAACUUAAUCUCAUAGGCACGUUGCAAAUGAUAAAUUUGGCUAAGGAAAUGAAACAUAUAUGUGCUUUCAUCCACAUCUCGACGACGUACUCCAACUCCAACAAGAACCCAGUAGAGGAGGUUUUGUACCCGCCCCACGCUGACUGGAGAGAUCUCAUCGAAGUGUGUCAGAAUAUUGACCACCACACCAUUGAAAUCAUGACACCUAAGUAUCUCGGCGACAUACCCAACACUUACACGUUCACAAAACAGCUGGCAGAGCACGUGGUGGAUGAGGCACGAGAAGUGCUGCCCGCCGUCAUUGUUAGGCCAUCAAUAGUUAUUUCGAGUGUUUCGGACCCUUCUCCUGGUUGGAUUGACAAUUUCAACGGGCCUGUGGGUCUGUACGUCGGAUUUGGUAAAGGUAUCCUGAAGAGCGUUUAUUCUAAGAAAGACCUCAUAUCGGACUAUAUUCCGGUGGACAUUUGUGUUAAAAAUCUCAUCACCGUCGCCUGGAUCAGGGGCACAAAAGAGUUUGAACCCACGGACCCCGUUCAGAUAUACAACUGCUGCUCGAUCGACGAAGUGAAAUUGACUUUAGAAGAGGUGGUAUCGAAAGGGAUAGAUAUACUUGAAACCUAUCCCCUCAGUGGCAUGAUAUGGAAUUAUGGCAUGACCAUCACCACUUGUUGGCCACUGCAUUAUACCUUAGUGAUAUUUAAACAUCUAGUGCCGGCUAUUAUGAUAGACUGCUUAUUGCGGUUGCUGGGGAAAAAACCUUUAUUGUUCAAGAUUCAGCGACGUAUUUAUCGCUCGAAUUUGGCCCUGAUGUACUUUUGCACUAGAAAUUGGAUUUUCGAGAACAAAAAUAGUGUCACUCUUAAUUCUUGCAUAAAAGAAAAAGAUAAAGAAAAUUUUGAUUACAAUUUAUCGAAUAUAAAUGUGGAUCAAUAUUACGUAGACUCCAUUCGCGGAGGGAAACGCUUUUUGCUAAAGGAAAAGGAUGAAAAUAUAAUGAAUGACAGACUUCACUCUAAAAGGAUGUGGUGGCUGGACAAGAUUUUGACGUCGCUGUUUUACUGCUAUUUGGCGUGGUCUUUAUUUAACUACGUAUGCAAGUACUAUUAUCAAUGAAAUACCUAUUUAAAUAAAUGUAUUUGGAAUAA